AUGGAAGAACAAUCAAAGAAACGAAGAACGGACGAGAACAGUUUAUCCCCAUAUGACGCCCGGAAAAUACUUGAUCCUUUGAGUAAAGAGCAACUCAUCGAAAUUCUCCAACCCGCCGUUUUCCGCCACCAGGACGUCCUCGACGCUGUGCGGUCCGUUGCUGACAUCGAUUCUUCCAAUAGGAAACUAGUCGUACGAGGUCUUGGACCGAAGACAUCGACUGAGACACUACAAAACGUCUUUUCCUUUUUCGGCGAGGUUGAAGAGAGCAGGGUCAUCAAGGAUUACUCCAACGGAAGGUCGAAAGGGCAUGGGUUCGUCACGUUCAAGCAUAUCGACUGCGCCAUGGCAGCACUACAAGAACCGAUCAAGAAAAUUGACGGGCGGAAGACGACGACGUAUCAUUCUGUUGUAAGAACUAAUGAUGUUGAUGUUUCAUUGAGAAAGAUAUUUGUUGGUAAUAUCCCGUUACAGAUGUCAGCAGACAAGUUACUGACACACUUUUCAGCUUACGGUGGGAUUGAGUUCGGGCCUGUGGGUUUUGAUGAACAAUCUGGGAAACACAACGGGUUUGCUUUCUUUAUUUACAAAACCGAGGAAGGUGCUAGGGCUUCACUAAUUGAUGGAAUACACACAAUUGACGGGCACCAGUUAAAGUGUGAGUUGGCUAAAAAUAGUAAGAAAUCAAAUAACGUUCCGAAUUCAGAUGGGGCUCAGUUGCCACCGUCAAACAAAUCAUUGCCAGACCCAAACCAUGGAAUGGGAAGUUGUGGCUAUGUAGGUCUGAAUCCUUCAAAUAACGUUCCGAAUUCAGAUGGGGCUCAGUUGCCACCGUCAAACAUAUCAUUGCCAGACCCAAACCAUGGAAUGGGAAGUUGUGGUAAUGCAGGUCUGAAUCCUUCAAAUAACGUUCCGAAUUCAGAUGGGGCUCAGUUGCCACCGUCAAACAUAUCAUUGCCAGACCCAAACCAUGGAAUGGGAAGUUGUGUGAAUUCUGCAAAUGGCGGUGGAAGCUAUGGGAAUCAAGGGCCAUCAUCGUUUGGAGGAGAUCAACAACAUGCUGGUGCUGGGCCAACUGGUUCUGUUUCUUCUAUGUACAUGGAACCCCCCAAGCCCUAUGGGGGAUACCCAAUACCAAACCCAAACUAUGGAAUGGGAAGUUGUGGCAAUCCAGGUCUGAAUCCUUCAAAUAACGUUCCGAAUUCAGAUGGGGCUCAGUUGCCACCGUCAAACAUAUCAAUGCCACACUCAAACCAUGGAAUGGGAAGUUGUGUGAAUUCUGCAAAUGGCGGUGGAAGCUAUGGGAAUCAAGGGCCAUCAUCGUUUGGAGGAGAUCAACAACAUGGUGGUGCUGGGCCAACUGGUUUUGGUUCUGUUUCUUCUAUGUACAUGGAACCCCCCAAGCCCUAUGGGGGAUACCCAAUGCCAAACCCAAACUAUGGAAUGGGAAGUUGUGGCCAUGCAGGUCUGAAUCCUUCAAAUAACGUUCCAAAUUCAGAUGGGGCUCAGUUGCCACCGUCAAACAUAUCAAUGCCAGACCCAAACCAUGGAAUGGGAAGCUGUGUGAAUUCUGCAAAUGGCGGUGGAAGCUAUGGGAAUCAAGGGCCAUCAUCAUUUGGCGGCACUAGUGGUGGGUGUAAUUUCGGUUCAUAUGGAGGAGGUCAACAACAUGGUGGUGCUGCGCCAACUGGUUCUGUUUCUUCUAUGAACAGGGAACCCCCCAAUCCCUAUGGGGGAUACCCAAUGCCAAACCCAAACAAUGGAAUGGGAAGUUGUGGCAAUGCAGGUCUGAAUCCUUCAAAUGGCGGUGGCUAUGGGAAUCAAGGGCCAUCAUCGUUUGGCGGCACUAGUAGUGGGUGUAAUCUCGGUUCAUAUGGAGGAGGUCAACAACAUGGUGGUACUGGGCCAACUGGUUAUGUUUCUUCUAUGUACAUGGAACCCCCCAAGCCCUAUGGGGGAUACUCAAUGCCAAACCCAAACUCUGGAAUGGGAAGUUGUGGCAAUGCAGGUCUGAAUUCUUCAAAUGGCGGUGGAUACUAUGGGAAUCAAAGGCCAUCAUCGUUUGGCGGCACUAGUGGUAUUCUCGGUCCAUAUGGAGGAGGUCAACAAUAUGGUGGUGCUGGGCCAACUGGUUUUGCUUCUUCUAUGUACAGGGAUCCCCCCAGGCCCUAUGGUUGGAAUUAUGGGAUGUCUAGUUUUGCUCCUCCGUUACCUCCUAGUGGAAGGUAUCCUUAUUAAUGAGGUUAUAAGAGCUUCUUGGGCGCAAAUGGUUUAAAUGAUUCAUGAUGAUGGGGAAAUGAUGUACAUUUUGGUGCUGCACCUUUAGCCUCUCUGUAUUUCAUGACAGCUAAUCUGUCAAAGAGGAUUUUGUGUACUAGCUUCAAAUCUUUUUAGUUUGUGUCUUGUAUU